UUUUAUAUUUUUUAUUUUUCUCUUUGUCGACAAAAAAGGGUCAAAUUGUUCACCAGCACGGAAUCUGCCUCAUGCUUCAUCACUGAAGCUAUUCACACGUGUCGCUGCCUGACUCGGUUCUCCUUCCUCCUUCCCGAACUUGUCUCGCUGUCACGCUCUGCCAUUUGCCACACACAACCGAAACAAACACCACGCCCCAGAAAAUAACAACAAAAAAAAUUUCCUUCUUUCACUUCAGGCCUCCAGAUCUUCACGCGUUGGGUUAUCAGAAGAAGAGCGAAAAAACCAAACAGAGGUACGGAACUAACGCCGAAUCGUCGCCAUGCCGCACCCGUCACUGAAGGCCGUUACCCUCACCCACGUCCGCUAUCACAGGGGCGACCAAUUAGGUCAUUUCCUCGCCUGGAUCUCUCUUGUCCCCGUCUUCAUCAGCUUCGGCGGAUUCGUCGCCCACUUCAUCUUCCGGCGGGAGCUCCAGGCGAUGUUCUUCGCCGUCGGCCUCCUCAUUUCCCAAUUCGUCAACGAGGUCGUCAAGACCACCGUCCAGCAGGCCCGCCCGGUCACCUGCGAGCUGCUCGAGAUGUGCGAUUCCCACGGCUGGCCCUCCAGCCACUCGCAGUACAUGUUCUUCUUCGCCACCUAUUUCACCCUGCUCAUGCUCAAAGGGAUCGGCCUGGCGCAGACCAUCAGGAACAAGGGGUUCGCGUUUUCCCUGGCCUGGUCCAUGGCCGUGCUCACAAUGUACUCUCGGGUGUAUCUGGGGUACCACACGGUGGCCCAGGUGUUCGCCGGCGCAUCGCUCGGGCUUGUCCUCGGCGGGACCUGGUUUUGGGUGGUGAAUUCGUUGAUUUUCUUCUACUUCCCGGCGAUUGAGGAGAGCAGAUUCGGGAGGAUGUUCUAUGUGAAGGAUACCUCCCACAUUAGCAAUGUGUUGCAGUUUGAGUAUGACAAUGCGAGAGCUGCUAGGAAGAAUAUGGCUGCCAGAAAGGUUAUGGAUCCCAAAUCAACCUGAUUGCAUUUCAAAAAGGGUAUGUUCAAUUUCGAUUGGCUUCUCCCCUUUUUUAUCCCAAGUUACUUGAUAAUUUGAGCCAAUUUGAUGAUAGCAAGUUAAACUUUGAACGGGCUUUUUGCCUUAUAGGUCAUAGCAGUUAGACUUAAACUUCUGCAAGCAUUAUGGAGUAGUGUAUCAGGGAAACUUUCUCUUUUGGUGGGUAUCGUGCUGUUACUGCAACCACAUAGAGGAGCUUGACCCAUCUUAUUGGUUGGUUGGAUCAGUUUCCGGGAUGUUGGUUGGAAACUUUCUCAAUCAGCAUAAACUGUUUGGUUGGAUCAGUUUCCGGGAUAAACAAUUGACCCAUCUUAUUGGAUGCAGAGCGAAAUGUUGAUUGAGAUACUGUAUCCAUCAGUAGAGGAGCUUGAGCCAAUCUGCUCAGUUCAUCCCGGUCCAACUUAUCUCGAUUUGACAUCAUUGGCUAAUGGCGGGUAGUAAUGGAUGGUUUCGGAAUGGAAUGUUUCAUAUAGCUAAGAUCUUUUAACAGUGAAUGUUAUAUCCCAGCUUUUCUUUAGUUGUGAAGCGACUAGUAACAAUCCCAAUUGUCUUAUUAUGUUAAGUAUCUUUCGGGUAGAUGUCGGGCUUGACUUGUACAAAGUGUUUGCAAUCGGUUAUUAAUGGGGAUCUGUGAUGAUUUAAGUAGGCCAUGAUCAAGGUUACGAGUUGAGAACUGUAUCGAGUUUAGCUCGCAUACUCUUCAAAUAUCUAAGAUAAGCUUGCAGACUAUAUAUUGAUUGACAUAUGCACCUACUUUUGUUGGUAAUUAGUGCUGAUUUAAGCCAUAGGAUUAUCCUCGGAUAUGUUUCAAAUUUGGGUGAGGGUUUACCUUCCAUCUGAGAGACUUGGACAACUGGUUGUGAAGCAGUGGUUUAGCAGAUGCUGAGUAGUGUUGAUGAAUCCCGCUGGAGUUUGUUUAAGGAAAGAACAUGUUAAGAACAAACAGGUGUGUGAACAUUAAGGAGUAAGGACUGACAAUUGUAAGCAGGGGGUAUUCAAAUGGGAACAGGCAGAACAGGCCCUUGGGAUAGGUUGGGAGUACACAUUUCUUGCAUAUGAAAUAGUUCGGGUACUGAUCUGAAGUCGUAAUGUCUGAGUUGUUGGCGUAUUCUUUCUAUGCUGGAUUUAGGCAGCUAUUGCUUCAAAAUAUCCCAAGAUAUCAGUCAUUCUUCUCUCAGAUUUCAUGUUUUUGCUUUUGACAGAGUCUCUGCUUUGCAGGUUGAUGGCUGGGAAAUUGUUCCGAUGGGGAAAUGUUGAUUAGGCAUGAAGAGAGAUGGCACAUCAAACCAAACGAGGUCAUGUUUGUUAGUUACCCCAGGAUUCUGGGUACGACUGUCAACAGUUAGAUUGAAUAGCAUCUGAAGUUAAAAGAGCUUCUAUAUAUCUUUGCAGUGGCUCUUUUGCAACAAUACUACUACUACUACAGGAGAUUAUAGCAAGCUAUAUAUGCCCAGAAAACAACAAUGUGUAGUUUCUUCUUAAUUUGUUUGAUAUGCUUGCAAUGCAGUCAAAAUUGCGUUUUAAAAGUUAAAAGCUUACGUUUUUACAUUUUCAAGUCACCAAAACGCUAUGUGGAAUCGUGUUUUUCCCCCCCUCCUUAUAAGAGUAGUCAAGUUUAAAAGCUUACGAUUUUGGGUUUACGCUUCUAGAUCACCAAAACUUUUCUAGCUAGAAUCACGCUUUUGACCCAUAUCAACAAGGCGAUACGGAACUCAUCACGUAAGUGCAUUGAUUAGACAUAGUCUUCCCCAUAAUAUGUGUUAAAGUAAUGAUUCACAUUCACCCUACCAUAUCAUAAUAAAUCAUGCAGGAGCACAUUAGAAGGCAUUGUAGUGCUUGACUAGUCACAUAAAUUCAGUCACUGUUAUUUCCCAUCAUGUAUCAUAAGAACCAUAUUCGUUCACAUCAAAAUAAUUAAAAUCGGGAUUCUGUGUGAAAUCGAAAGUUGGAGUAAAAUCAGAAUCAUAGAAGUACAUAAUCAAAUUGUAAGAUUUUAAGUACCAAGUAAAACUAAGACUUGAAGCACUAGGGAAUAUCAACAAGGAAGAUCCUGAUUAUUACCCAAACAUGUAAUAUUUAAAAUGAUGACUAGACGAGGUAAUUGCACCAAGUCAACACAAAUGUAGUCUAGAUUAAAAUUCAACUAAAAUGUAAUCCCUAUUCCCAAGCCAUAUUUUUUCAACUCCAACCAACAUUUGUUUUCUUUAUCUAUUGUUUUGCAGUUUUAGAGGGCUCGGGUUAGAAAUCCCCUUCUAUUUCCCAUUUUUUCUGUUCUUUGUUUUCGUUGAGAACAGAGCGCUUCAAACACACACAUUUUCACAGCAAAACAAAACCGGAUAGGGUCAUUGACCCUAACUUACCUGUUUUCUUUUUAGAAGUCCUAACUUACCUGCGCAAUCUUGCCCCUAGUUGAAACGUUGAUGUGGGGCAGUUGAGCUCAUUUCAUUGUCUAACCAAACUUAAGAUGGAAGAUUUAUCUGGUAAGGCACCAAAAUUCAUAAUUGGACAGUGACGAAUCUUCAACAACCCACAAAUUCGCCAAUAAACAAAUAGAAGAGAGCUAGGGUGCUAAAUUGCUAACUAACCCAACCAAAUACCCAAUUAUAAAGCUUUUGUUAAAGCAAUGAAAUGAAAUUUGUUGUUGUCUAGCUAAACCAGUGGAGGAUCAUCAAUCAAUCCCAUUUCAAACAGUCGUGUUACAUAUCAAAUGGUGUCGGGAGGAUCAAGUAAAGUAAUGGUCCAACUCAAAUGUGGACUGAUUAACAGAAUGGUUACUAUGCUGAUGACGGGAGAGCAUAGCGUUGUUUUCUUCUUGCUUACUUCAUUUUGUAUGUUGAAAAUAUUAUCUUUCUUAAGAAAGUUUUAUAAAUAAACUAUUAUUAAUUUAUUUACAUCAAUCUCAAUAUAUUUUGGAUAUAUAAUUUGAAAUGUUUUUACGGGUGUUUUGGUACAAAUUGAUUUUUUUUAUGGGCAAACAAUGAGCAGCAAAAAUAUUCAUACAAUAUUGCAAAGGUAUUCAGAACGAGGAAUUUUACAAUACUUUAAAGCAUGAGCGCUUUAGAUUUUGAUCUCUAUGGUACAAACUAAAAUUUUUAAUUACUAAUAUUAUAUCAUCAUUAAAAAUAAACGUUAUGGUGCAAU